AUAUCGUUAUAAGUAUUUAAGUUAGUAAAAAAUAAAUAAAAUUCAAAAUGGGAAAAGCAGAGGUAGGAACUCCGAAGUACAUGGCGAACAAAAUGAAAGCAAAAGGGCUCCAGAAGCUCCGCUGGUACUGCCAGAUGUGUCAGAAGCAAUGUCGUGAUGAAAACGGGUUCAAAUGCCACACAAUGUCGGAGUCACAUCAGAGACAGCUAUUACUAUUCGCUGACAAUGCUUCCAAGUACAUCGAUGAGUUCUCCAGGGAGUUUAGUGAUGGUUACCUUGAAUUAUUAAAGCGUCAAUUCGGAACUAAACGGGUACAUGCAAACAAGGUGUACCAGGAUUACAUAGCCAAUCGUGAUCACUUACACAUGAACGCCACACAAUGGGAGACGCUAACAGAGUUUGUGAAGUGGCUCGGUAGAGAGGGCAAGUGCACCGUUGAUGAAACAGAAAAGGGAUGGUUCGUCACCUACGUAGACAGAGACCCCGCUACAAUUGCCUCACAACAGGCUAAAGUUAAGAAAGAGAAGCUGGAUAAAGAUGACCAGGAAAGAAUGUUGGAAUUUAUCCAACGGCAAGUAGAGAAGGGUAAAAAAGAGUCUAAUCAAGGAGAAACAUCGUAUACAGAGUUCAAACGAGAGAGCAGCCAAGAGAGACUCACUUUAAAUCUCAACUUGAAACGGAAGCCUGAAGUUAUUGCAGAUAUAAAGCCGGAUCCAAUGACGAAGACGGCAUUCAAUUCCAAAGUAAAGGAAGAGUCGACGACCAAGAAACCAAAGACGGAGAAGAGCAAACACUCCGCCUUGGACGAAAUAAUGGCGAUGCAGGAACGUGCGAAAGAGAAAGCGAACAGAAAAGACUAUUGGCUGACCGAAGGAAUAAUAGUGAAGAUAGUCACGAAGUCCCUCGGAGACAAGUUCUACAAGCGUAAGGCGGUCGUCGAGAGGGUCGUGGACAAGUACGCUGCACACGUGAAGCUCACCGAUGAACCCGUUAAACUCAAACUAGAUCAGAACCAUGUGGAAACCGUGAUCCCGUCCCCGGGCCGCGCCGUCCGGUUCGUGAACGGCGCCUACCGCGGCCAGACCGGCCUGCUGAAGGCGCUCAACACUGACGAAUUCUGCUGUGACGUCGAGAUUUCCGAGGGAUUGCUCACGGGGAGAUUGGUUAAAGGCGUUCAAUAUGAAGACAUCAGCAAAUUGGCGACGUUAUGAAGAUUUGUAAUGAAAACAAUAAUAAAGUAUAUUAUUAAACUA